AUGAGGCAACAGCAGCAACGUGAUGAAGAGGAUUGGCGGAGAGUUGCUAGGCUGAAGUGCCCAGGUUCACAAUUACUUUGUUAUGUCCAGCCUUGCCAAGGUGGGUUUGGUAUUGAAGUGCUACUUAUAUUGGGCGAUGUGUCGCAUCUUAAUAUGCCCCGUUUAAAAGCCUUAAAAGCUUGA